GAUAAAAGGAUUGGACCGAAGAUAAUAUCAACUGGAUCUUCCAUAAGUCUCCUGGUUCCAGAUUGUAGGCUUCAAGGAUUCAACUGGAUCUUCGAUAAGCCUCCUGGUUCCAGGUUGCAGGCUUCAAGGAUUCAAUUGGAUCUUCGAUAAGCCUCUUGGUUCCAGGUUGCAGGGUUCAAGGAUUUAACUGGACCUUCGAUACGUCUUCAGGUUCCAGGCUCCAGUUCUUUAACUGAAUCUUCGAUAAUUCUCCAGUUUCCAGGCUUCAUUGUUUUAACUAAAUCUUCCAUAAUUCUCCAGGCUCCGAGACCAACUAACGAAGACGUAAAAGACGUCUUCAGCGGAUUCGCCCAGAGUCGGGAAAGGAUCUUCCAGAGAUUCCUGGAGACACUUGGAUCGCAGGCGACGAGAAGCUUCCCCGGGGAAGCCCAGGAUGGAACCCGCCCCCCUUUUUCUAAAACUAACGAUACUUCACAGCGAUGACAACUACAUAGUUAACAAUAUGAAACGUGUUGUGAACAAUUUGUUGUCUUCUCGAGCGAGUGUAUCGCGUCGAGAUUUGCUGGGAGCUACCGAUGCUCCUUGUUAUCCUUUAUUAUCAUCCCCACCUCGGUCCCUAACAGUCUACCGACCAGCGAAAAGAUUAGGCCUCAGGAGAAUUCGAGAGUACUACCUUCCUAGGAGAAGGAAAGAUAAUUUCCCUCGUGCGUCGAGAACGGCCGAGAGGAAGAUGGAGGCGACGGAAGCGCCAACAGCAAGACAGUUCCCUCCGAGACAAAACUUGCCUCACGACGGUAAGCUAGAAACGAGACGAAUUCUCCGGCCAAAGAGAGGGCUUAGCGUGAGGCAGAACCUUCUGAAUCGAAGAGCAGAAGGUUUCUGUAGUAGUACUGUUAUGCAGGACGGCAGAGGAAUGAAGAGGAAGUUCCAGGAGACCGAAGCGAAAGACCCCGACACCAAACGGGCAAGGACGAAGGACUUGGAAGAGGAAAUUACUACGUUCUGUGCCCCUAAGACCAAAGCAGUGCCCCGCAAAUGGAAGAGGAGGUACGUGAGGAACAGAGCAGCGAAUCGUUUCCCUCGAGUGCUGAGAAACACCGAGGGAAUGAAGAGAAAGAUGGAGGACGGAGGGGAGUCAUCCCCGUCCAACAUGAGACUCAGGAAGGAUGAAGACGAAGCGGUGACUGCUAGUCCUACCCGAAGGCCUCCCCUGAAAGCAAUGCGAGGAGGUAUGAUAAAGGUGGUAGCUCUGAGGAAGAGGUUUGUGGACAAUUCCCAGAGAAGGCCACAAGACUGUCAGGGAAAGAAGAGGAAGCUGGAGGAGGACGAGGAAAUGAUUGCAUCCGUCGAUCAGGGGAAAAUGGAGGCCACAGGCAAGACGGAACCCCUGAGCAAAAGACGGAAGGCGGACCGAAGCCCUCCUCCCCCUCGCAGUCCACCAAAGGCACCGAAAAGGCUACCUCGGCAGGCAAAGGCCAACGCAGUGGACAGAAUCCACAAGGUGUAUGGUGUCCCCGCCGAGAGAACUAAGCCGGGCCAAAAUGCAGCAGCUGAAGAGGAGAAAAUGAAGAAGGUAAAUGAAAAAGUUGAGGAAAAAGCACAGAAAAAGGCAGAAGCAGCAAAAGGAGAGCGAACGGACAUUUCCCCCGACGAACUUCAACAGAAGAAGCUGGGGAAAAGAAAAGGGAAAGAAGAGCCUCCGAAGAAGCAGGCUGAAAAAAAACAGAAGAAGCAGAAGAAAAUGGAGGCUCCAAAGAACCAGGCCGAGAAGAAUAAGAAGAAAGAGGAGCCUCAGAAGAAGCAAUCUAAGAAGAGAACGAAGAAAGGUGCGAAAGGGCCCCAAAAUCAGAAGGACACGCGGAAGACAGAAGCCAUAACGAUGAGUGAGGCUGAGGUUGCCGAGCUCCUCAAGGAAGGAAAGGAGCUGGGCGCGGGGACCUACGGAACUGCUUACAAGGUCGUCCACAAGGGAGAGGUAGCCGUCCUAAAGGUGGCCAAUUCACGCCUGUGGAGUGUGAAAGCGGCUUUCAGAAAGGAAGCGAAGGUUCUUCAGGCCCUCAAUGGCACAGGAGGUGCUCCUCUGCUGUUUGGCACCUGUAGCAAACCAGCAGCUAUCCUCAUGGAGUAUUGCGCUGGGGAAGAGUUCCUCUCGUUUAUAAACGACUCGAAGAACUCUCCUUCCCUUGCUUUGGGCAUCCUUCCGGACAUUGCAAGGGAGCUGCACCAGAUCCACUUGGCAGGUUACAUCCAUGUGGAUUUGAAAACGGAUAACGUCAUGGUCCACGUAACAGAAGGCAAGGGCAAGAAACAGGUGAAGCCCAGGAUAAUCGACUUCGGAAUAGCUGUGGAAAGGAAAAAGGAAAUCGAGCUAUAUCCGAAUUUUUCAGAUUCCAUCUACCCGCCUGAGUACACGGAAGGUGCGCCGGCGCAGCCCUCUGGGGACGUAUAUUCCAUGGGAUGUCUUAUUGAAGAUACGAUCUAUGCCUUCACUGAUCACAUCCCACCGCACUACGAGGAAAUUAUAAACAUGGCGAAGAACGAGAACCCAAGACUUCGCCCAACCGUCCCCAAGUUAGUGAAACUGUUAGAAGCAGCAAGAAAGAUACCAGACCUACAAUAGAAACCACAGGGGUAGCCAGGACAGUC